AUGCUAGGCUACUAUAUCGCAUAUUACAAUCGUCUGAAGCUUGUCAACAAUUCUAAGCUUAUCUCUUUACCUUCUCAAUACUCAUUCCUGCUCGAUCAAGAUGGAGAAGAUUGUGCUCUCAUCAACGCAGCCGAAUUUACGUAUAAAUACUUUCGGCUUCUGAUCAAAAGACCGAAAAAAGCGUACAAGGAGUUUUGUAACCUAAAGGUGGCCUACGAUGAGUGCCAAAUGCGUUGCGCAGAACUGCAAGCCAAGUACACCGCCGAUCUAAACCACAAGAAUCAGAGAAUUGCCGAUCUCGAGAUGCACAUUGAAGAAAUAGCGCGUUCUCGUGAUCAAGAAACGAUCUUUCACGAUACAAUCGGGUUGACCCAAUCGGGGGGUACCUACGGUGGCUCAAUUGUUACGUCGAGUGGGCAUGUCAGGCAGGGCAACGAUCUCGCUGAUCUAAGAAACCAGCAUCCUUUUACCUUUGUAAUUUACGGAAGUGCACAUGUGGAAAUACAACAAAUCUGUACCCCAGCCGACUGA